AGUUUUCUUGCGUUUAUCUUAAUUUAAAUAAUUAUAUUUUCGUAUGUUGGCAAAGUGGUAUUUAAUUUUCGAUUUGUUAUAGUGUAUCUCUAAAAAUCCAAUACCCAUAAACUUCAGACAAUUAAUAUAUUUUACCCACAUUGCGUACUACUUCCCUAGCAUAUGUGGGGCCAGCAUUUUAGGUAAAUCAACAGUUUCCUUUAAAGUUUGAGCAGUUCAGUGCAUUUAAAAUAACGUGUUCAAACAUGAGUGAUACUCAACAGUCGUCAGGCUCAAGAAAGCCCUCUUCCACUAAUACAAGCGACAGUAAACUUGCCACCGAUCCGCCAAUGCUCAAUCUUGAAGAGGCGGAGGAAGAUCGCAAGCAUAUGCAAAAAAUUAUAGCGGCCUUGCGUUAUUAUCAAAAAUAUUGCUAUGCGCGCGUGAACAAGACUGAAAGCUACCUCAAUAGUCUUCCCAAACGUCAUCAGGACAUGUUGGUUAAAUAUCGCAAUCAUUUGCGUGUGAUAAGAGACUGCAUUGAUGAAAAUCAAAAGGUUAUUAAGAAAAUGCUGCGUGACAAUGUCGGAUUUAUGGAUAUGGGCGGAUCCGAGUAUUUAGCACAACAAGACAGUGAUGGCCAUACUACAAAAAUAAGGCAUCAAGAUAUGGAACAUGCCCAAUCGACAUUAAAGUUAAUUGCGCGCGAUUGGAGUGCAGCCUGCGCAGAGGAACGUGAGCAGUCAUACAAACCAAUCAUCGACGCCGUUGAGGAAUUCUUUAAGCCUGGCGAAUUCGCACUCAAUGAGGUAAAAAUUCUUGUGCCUGGCGCCGGACUUGGUCGUCUCACCUACGAGCUUGCUUGCCGCGGCUAUGAAUGCGAGGGCAAUGAAUUUUCAUAUUUCAUGUUAAUUGCCUCAUACUUUGUCUUGAAUCUUUGCACUGAGGAAAAUAAAUAUACACUUUACCCCUGGGUGCAUCAGUAUGUAAAUAAUUUGCGUAUGGCCGACCAGGUGGCGCCAAUACGGUUUCCUGAUAUUUGUCCGGCAAAGAAUCCACCAAAGGGCAAUAUAAUGAUAGCGGCUGGCGAUUUCUUGGAGGUCUACAAAACGCCAAACUGCUAUGAUUGUGUCGCGACAUGCUUCUUUAUUGACUGUGGCAAUAAUAUUGUGGACUUCAUUGAAGCUAUUUUUAGAAUAUUAAAACCCGGCGGUAUUUGGGUAAAUUUAGGUCCACUACUCUACCACUUCAGCGAUAUACAAGGGGAAAAUAGUAUUGAACCAACUUUCGAGAACCUGGAGUUAAUCAUAAAAAUGGUUGGUUUUGAGUUUCUGCGUUCCCAGACUGGUGUGCGUACCAAGUACGCACAGAAUCCCCAGUCUAUGCUAAAAAGUGAAUACGAAAGCUUGUUUUGGGUUUGUCGAAAGCCCGAAAAUGCGCGUGACAAUACAGACGAUUUGUCGCAACGCGACGAUGAUGUAGAGGAGUCCGGCGGUAGCAGCACUAGCAACCCAAAUAAUCACUAUGUUGAUAUAUACAGCAAUGGCUAUAAGAAUGCUUACCAACAUCAAUAGUACUAACAGUCUGUUAAGUAACAAAGACAACAAAUUGUGCAGGGUACUAGCUUGCCUAAUAUUUUUAGUUAUUGGUUAUUUUGCAAUUAUAGGAUUUCUGUUUAAACAGACAUACAGUUAUAUAUAAAUCAAAAACAAACAAA